AUAAGUAGCUAUCAAUUACCGAGCUUGUACUGAUAAUUUUUAACACAUCGAUAACGAACGAUUCGGCAGUACACGUACGGCGGGCAUCAUGUGCGCUUGUAAGCAAAGGAAAUCCUUUCUCAUCGACGACAUCCUUCAGGACGUGAGAACAAAGCCCUACGCGCCAUUCAGAAACGAACCCACGAAGCCUUUGACGUGCACGAAGACGCAACCCAGCGAGAACAAAACUAAAUCCAAUCACGAAAAUGCGGCCCGUCUCAACGCGGUAUGUGAGGUUCGGAAUGAAAUGGAAAUCGACAGAAUGGCCUUCGAGCAGAGGAGGAACACGUAUCCGUUACACCCUACGCCCAUCAAACCGAACUUGACGUGGCCUCAUCGGAAGGACCCGCUGUAUUUGGAACCCCGUUUGGCAUACUACAGUGACGCGGUGUUAAACAACAACCAUUUAUUGAGGAAUCAGUUGGCUGCGAAUAGAUUUUUUUCCCAUCCAUACACGUUACGACAAGCAUACGGCUUCGACAGAGUGCCCUCGAAUUGCUGUAAUCCAUGGUGGGGUUUGGGGGGGCGGAGGAAAGGUGGCCAGGUUCGGUUCACGGCCGCUCAGACAGGCGCCUUGGAGCGUCGCUUCAACGCCAGCAAGUACCUCAGUCCAGACGAGAGACGAGCUCUCGCUACAACCUUGCGGCUUAGUGACAGACAGGUAAAGACGUGGUUUCAAAACAGGCGCGCCAAGUGGCGUCGCACCACGCCGGACGCAGCCGACGCCGGCAGCCCGCCCACCGCAGACGAGGGUUCCGAUGACGAGGUCCACAUCGCUGAUGACGAAUGACUACGAAUGACAGACCGACGGGAUACCCCCCCUCGGGACCGGGCACGUAGACACGUGACGUCACAAAGGGUGCAGUCGUUCCCGGCAUGGCAAUCAACAUCGCUACUGUAGCCUAAGCCGAAUACAACAUUACUUGUCGCGAUUCCGAUCCGGUGGUAGAUUCAUUCGCGAAGCAGUUGUUCUUGAGUUGUUAAGUCUCCUUCGGCAGCUGUUAGCAAAUCCCAAUGGUUAGCGGUAGGCAGCGACUUGGCUCUGCCCCUGGCAUUGCUGGAGUCCAUGGGCGACGGUAACCACUCACCAUCAGGUGGGCCGAAUGGCUCGUUUGCCUACAAGGGCAAUAAAAAAAAAUCCCACCCCUUCUGGCUGAGCCUUUGCUCGCCCGCCUGUCCUGGUGAAACUGGAAAGACCCCCGGGCCACCAGUAAUCUCUCAAUAAAAAAAAUAAAUAAAUAAAAAAUACUUGACAAAGCCACGUAUAAAAUAGGGGUUGAAGGAUAUUGUAUAGAGCAUUGUGACGCGACACUACCCUGGGGACGUCCCUGACGUUUCCUUGAUACCGUGGGGCAGAUGAUGUAUUAAAUAACUCUUAUUUAAAAGGCGGCAGGCUUGCGAUACAAACCAGACUGCGACCUCAUGUUUAAUGAUGGGUGCUGACAUUCACGACGGGUGUCUGCGGGUUUCUGUGCCUCAGGUUGACCACGUAGACCGUUAGCCUAUUCACCCAUUGAAGCUUUAAAAAACACAUUGAACGCAAAAUUAAAAAAUAAAAUGUAAAAAAACACACCCUGUAUGUAUGCAGUGAGACUGCCCGAGUGAAGCCGCCUGCUCGCUUACGCCCUCGGGGAGUUAAACAUGUUAAGUAUUUAGGAGUAAGAAUUAAUUAUAAUAAAAUAUUAUAACAAA